CACACAUCUUCCUCGGCACUCUUGCGGACAAGAAAGACCACUAAUUACAUAGCUCUACUACUAACAAUGUCUGCUGCUGCUGCCCUCAUGGGCGUGCUUGCCUCGCUUGUGGCUGCCGCGUUUCUCGCUGGUUGCCUUGCUGCGCCUGUGCAGCAUGUUGUGACAAAGAACUCGUCUGGCGGAGAGACCAUUACCAACUAUCGAUGGGAAAAGGUGGUAACCAAGGGCUCGUCAUCGUCUGUGACGCGCAAGUAUAACAAGGACGCCGACAAGGCGGUGAUCAAGGUGAUGAGCGCUGGGCUCUCUUUUGCCGUCUUCUCGUUUGUGGGUGCGGUGGUGUCGAUUGUAGCGACGCUCAUCUACGGCGUGGGCAUGGCCAAGGUGCCUGUUGGCGGAGCGCUGAUGAAGAUCAUCAUUGUGAUCGCGGGCCUCGCGACGGUAAUCUGCGGGCUUGUCUCGGUCAUGACCAUCGGCUUCUCGCUCCCCGAUGCGCACAAGGAGGACUGCGAGCGGCGACUGCUGAGCUCGUGCGACAGCGAGUUCUACAAGAAGUUCCACGGCGAGGAGAACAACAGCAAGUGGCGCGGCGGCGAUGGCUACAUCCUUGGAUGUGUAGCCAUGCCGUUUGCGCUCCUCAUCGUCGCCUUUCCUUUCAUGUAUGAUCCGUAGCUACGGUCGCUGUGGCCAUGGCUGUGGCGUUUGUAAAGCCCUGACAGUGCAG